CUCUCCUGCUCUAUAAAUCACGACAUAUUUCUUCGUCUCAAUCUAAUCUGCUCUGAUACAACUGCGAUCGCAAGCGUUCUUCUGCCUUUUUCUCUCAUUUCUGCUAACCAUUUUUGCAUAUAGCUCUUCGAUUUUUUUAAUCUGUUCUUUUGCAGGUUUUGCUUCAUAAAUUCUCUUGCAUUCCGCUUAAUAUCGGUGUUUGCGUCGUUGCGAAAACGUAGAUCUGUAGUUUAUUACAAUCUGGUAGUGCUGUUUCUUUGUGUUGUUUGUCUCUUCUCUAAAAUGGAUGCAGGAUCUAUGAACACGUCUUCCCAUUUGAAGGCUCAAGCUCGAUACCCACUUCAAGAACAGUUUCUUCCGAGAAGAAAUUCCAAGGAAAAUCUGGAUAGAUUCAUACCCAACAGAUCUGCGAUGGACUUCGACUACGCUCACUAUAUGCUGACAGAAGGAAGGAAAGGUAAGGAGCAAGCGGCAUCAAUGGCGGCGGCAGUGAGUUCCCCAUCCAAAGAGGCUUAUAGAAAGCAGUUGGCCGAGGUCUUCAACAUGAACCGAACCCGCAUCCUGGCUUUCAAGAACAAACCUCCUGUUCCUGCCGACGUGCUGUCUGGAGAUCACCAUGCCUCUAACCAGCAGCCCAAGUCUGUAAAGCCUCGUAGAUACAUUCCUCAGACAUCUGAGAGGACAUUGGAUGCUCCUGACAUUGUGGAUGACUUCUACCUCAACUUGUUGGAUUGGGGCAGUGCGAAUGUCCUCGCCAUAGCGUUAGGACACACUGUGUAUCUGUGGGAUGCUUCUAACGGUUCUACCUCUGAACUGGUGACGAUCGAUGAUGAAAAGGGACCAGUCACAAGUGUUAAUUGGGCACCUGAUGGUCGCCAUAUUGCCGUUGGUCUCAACAAUUCAGAAGUUCAGCUGUGGGAUUCCGCAUCUAAUCGUCAACUGAGAACUCUAAAGGGUGGCCACACAUCGAGAGUAGGGUCACUCGCAUGGAACAAUCACAUCCUGACAACAGGUGGCAUGGACGGUCAGAUCAUCAACAACGAUGUCAGGAUAAGAUCGCACAUUGUGGAGACAUACAGGGGCCACACCCAAGAGGUAUGCGGAUUGAAAUGGUCAGGGUCUGGCCGACAACUAGCGAGUGGCGGCAAUGACAACCUCGUGCACAUAUGGGAUCAAUCCAUGGCGGCGUCCUCCUCCACACAGUGGCUUCACAGGCUGGAGGAACAUACUUCUGCUGUCAAGGCUCUUGCUUGGUGUCCUUUCCAGGGCAACUUGCUUGCAUCUGGGGGAGGUGGAGGAGACAGGACAAUCAAGUUUUGGAACACACACACUGGGGCUUGUCUGAACUCGGUGGACACUGGCUCUCAAGUCUGCGCUUUAUUAUGGAACAAGAAUGAGAGAGAGCUGCUUAGCUCUCAUGGGUUCACCCAAAACCAGCUCACACUGUGGAAGUACCCAUCCAUGGUGAAGAUGGCUGAGCUCACAGGUCACACAUCAAGAGUUCUAUACAUGGCCCAGAGCCCGGAUGGUUGUACUGUAGCAUCAGCGGCAGGAGAUGAAACACUGAGGUUUUGGAAUGUUUUCGGAGUUCCAGAGCCAGCCGUAAAAGCUGCUCCUAAAGCUAAUCCAGAGCCCUUUGCUCACGUGAAUCGCAUCCGCUGAUGUGUUGUACAUAUCCUUCUUCUAUUAUGGACAUUUCUCAAUGUGAAAAUAUGCUACAAAGGAUGGAAAACAACUUCACUGUCAUCAAUUACAGAAAGAAAAGGGUGAAAAAAAUGUAUGGAGCUGGAUAAGGAGGAUCAGUUCUGAAGCGG